AUGGACGCCAAUAACCUCCCGCAAUGGAAAGACAUGCCGGCCGUUGAGGGCAUGCCCCAUGGCUGUGCCUGGGGGCUCUUCGACAAGGACGGCAAGAAGGACGAGCUGGGCACUCUGAACCUUCUCACUCCCGAGGUCGUGAUGCGUGCGCGUGAGGAGAUCAAGACCGGCAAGAGUGUAGCUCUGAACUGGGGCCUGGACAGGCUGAGUGAUGUCCAGAUGGGCCGUUCCGUCCUCAAGCACAGUCACGUCGACUGGAGGGAUAAGGGGUACGAUUUCUGGUGCUAUGACGACGAGAUUAGUAUCAAUACGCAAACCGGUGAGGCUUCGUGCUGUGGGGGAAGCCAAUGGGAUGGACUGCGCCACUGGGGACACUCCAAGACCGGAUAUUACUAUAACGGUAUCAAGCACGAUGACCUCUUGAAGAGUGGCCGGCUCGGCGUCGAAAACUGGACCAAGCGAGGUGGCAUCGUCGGCCGUGGCGUCCUCCUCGACUACGUCGCCUAUGCCAAACGGAAGGGUAUCGAGUACAGCCCCAUGUCGUCCCACCCGAUCCCCGUGGUGCAGCUCGAGGAGAUGGCGCGCGAGAGCAACGUCGAGUUCCGGCCCGGCGACAUCCCCAUCAUCCGCACCGGCUGGACGAAGUGGUACGACGAGGCCGGCUUCGCGGACCGCAAGAAGUAUGUGAUCGACGGGUACGACUGGGUCGGCAUCGAGGGCUGCGAGGAGAUGAUGGAGUGGCUGUGGAACCACCACUUCGCCGCCAUCGCGACAGACGCCAACGGCGUCGAGCGUGUCCCGUUCAACCCCGAGUGGACGCUCCACGAUUAUGCGUUGGCGUUCUGGGGUAUGCCGCUGGGCGAGAUGUGGGAUCUGGAGGCGUUGGCAGCUGAGUGCGAGACCCAGCAGAGGUGGACGUUCUUUCUGACAAGCUCGCCCCUGAAUCUUCCAGGUGGCGCCGCAAGUCCGCCGAAUGCCAUUGCCAUUUUCUAA